ACCAAUCAGAGUGUAAGAUGAAAGGGUAAUGGGUGUUACUCACUUCUCCUUGCCCCCUCUCAUAAUUCUUAUCUUUUCAAAUAUAUAGAAAAAUAUUUCCUUCUCAAAAUAAGUCUUUUCAAUCGCGAACUUGAAUUCAACUAUAUUGAAAGUCAAGCUUUUCAAAUAAACUGUUCAAUCAUGCGUUCCUUUGCAAUCCUUUCCCUAGCAGCUUCUUUGCUAGGAAGCGCCUCUGCUAGCCCUACUCUAUUAAACCGUGCAACUUCAUUCAACCGCACUGUUGCCCCAUCUGGGGCAAUUGUCGUCGAUCAGACUGGCAAACUUAGCGGUUCAUACACCACAGUCCAAGCCGGUAUUGACGCAUUGGAUGCAGACACUAUCGACAAUCAAUACCUUUUCAUAGCUCCCGGUACCUACUUCGAGCAAGUUUACCUUCCACCACUCGUAUCAAAUCUUACGAUCCAAGGUUAUACCGAAGAUGCUCGUGAUUAUCAAGGUAACCAAGCAACCAUCACCUACAACCUCGCACUCAUCAACACCACCUCGGAUGAUUUAACCGCCACCUUCCGCGCCCACAACAACAAUACCAAAGUAUACAACUUGGUUAUCGAAAACACUUUCGGUCACAUCAACAGCAAUGGACAAAAUCUCGCUCUCUCUUCCUACGCCACCAACGUCGGUUUUUACGCAACUCAAUUCUGGGGAUACCAAGACACCGUUCUCGCAGAAUCCGGUUUCCAACUCUACUCCAAAUGUCUCAUUGUAGGCGCCAUUGAUUUCAUCUUUGGUGAGAAAGCACUCGCCUGGUUCGAAAAGAAUGAUAUCCGCACGAUUGGCAAAGGUUCCAUUACUGCCUCUGGACGUAAAUCCGCCGAUAUUAAUUCUUGGUAUGUUAUCAACAAUUCGAAUAUUGCCAACCUCAACGAAACCCUUACUCCAUACAUCAACUAUCUCGGAAGACCAUGGAGAGAUUUCGCCCGAGUUGUUUUCCAGAACAGUUAUUUGGGAAAUAACAUUGCCGCGGCUGGUUGGGAUGUAUGGAGUACUUCGACACCACAAACCGAUAAUGUUACUUUUGCCGAGUGAGUUUUUCCUUCUUUUUCAUAUUUUCGUAUUUGGGGAUGAGUUACUAAUAAUUUUUCUAGAUUCAACAACUGGGGUCCAGGAAGUUCAUGGGUGGGAGGACUACCAAGAGCUAUUUUCAGCUCGCAGAUUAAUGGUGCUAUUGGCAUUACUGAAGUUUUGGGUCCUGAUUACUACACUGAGUUUUACUAUGAUGCUACCUACAUGUAAUCAGCAGGUAUGGUUUAUAUCGAGGCUAGAUCAAGUAUUACUCAUCGUUUUUUAAUUUUUUGUAAUUAUUUCAGAAAUAUAGUGGGAAAUCGGGGAAAAGGAGUUUGUAAAUAUUUUAUACACACACAUAUAUAUACCUAGGUAGUUGGAGAAUAAAAGUUGGGAAAAUA